AUAAAAGGGAAUACUUUUCAGUUUCUAGAGAAAGUUGUUUAUUAUAUCGUCAGGUAUGCCAACAGUUGUAGAAUAAUUGGCGCUUGCGCCAACGUUCGUGUUUUUGGAAUCUGUCAAAUAUUUUGUAAAAAAGGCACAAAAAAAGAGAAAAAUAGAUGAGGAAUGGCUGGAAGUGAUAUAAAACAAUCUUUGAGAAAACUAGAUUUUCCGUUGUGUGCGAGGGAUGCUUUGUAUCAGAUUGAAAAGUUGUGCACUCGUCCUGGAAAACAAAUGGAACUCCAGAUCGAUUUGAUGUCAGAGUUUGUCUUUGGGGAAAUCGAGAGACGAAGAAAGCGAAACGUGCCGGCAGCGAUACAAGAAUUGCAAUUAAUAGAAGUGCAGAGCGAUUUUUUUCAAAGUCCAGGUGGAAUUCCAGCAGUUCGAAACGCUUUAUUUUUAUCGCUAUACCCAGCAGGGAGCCCUAGGUACAAAAUCUUAGGAAACCUGGUCUCCUUAGCGAUCACAAUUCACAAUAAAGCAGUUCUCAACGCUGCGGGAAUUUGGAUGCAACAACUGGGAUCAACUUCUCAAGAAAGUGUAGGAUUGGCAAGACACAUUCUGAACGAUUAUUUCGUUCUGACUUCGAAAUCCGUCGACAGGCUCCAACAACUCCCAAUUCUCACACCACAUUUUACUGCUAAUCUCCUAACAGCGAUUGGCGAAGUUUACAAAGAUAAAAAUCCACCUACAGAGGUUCUUAGAUUAAUUGGAGAGUGGAUUAAUGACAAUCCUAGUCUAUUAUUAACUUCCCUUAUGGAUAAUCCCGCAUUACCUACCGGCGGAAUUCCGAUGACGCCGAUUACUCCAAUUGCCGGACUUUUUAGAUGGUGUAUUCUCAGUCCAGUGCGAACUGCUGCAGAAGGCUCAACACAAAACGAAGACGAACAGAAACUCUACUCGAAAAUUCAACAUUUGCUUAUGGAUUCAGUAUUAAGGCUAAAAAGCAGCGGAAGCAAUAAGCACGCAAUUUCCGCACAACAUUUAGCAGCAACGACCCGAGCCCUGACUCUGGUUUUACAAUCUUUUAGCAACAUUGAACCAACUUCUCGCGACCUUGCGAUGGAAAGAUUGGCGCAAGCUGUUAGUUCAGCUAUGUCUGCAAAUUGUAUAUAUGGAAAUAAGCAGGAAUUAUUAUUGCUCCUGCAAUCUUUAUCCUAUCAGCAUUUUUUGAUCGAAUGGACAUUGCAGACUUACUCGACAAAAGCUGUUUAAGAAACUACCUGUAUAUUAGAUUAUUUGUAUAUUUGUAUAUUAUAAGUUUACAAAAAAAGAUCCUUGAGUUUAAAAA